GCCCGAAGCCCCUGGCAGGGAAGCCCCACUGUCAGGCCGUCCACACGGUGUGGGAACACGGGUGUUUAUCUGUGUCUACGUCAAGUGUGAGUGCCUUUGCGGGCAUAUGGCUGUUGCACACACUCGGGCGUGUCUGUGUCUGUGCGUGUUACAGAGAGAGAGAGACAGAGAUCUGAAGCCUCCUUCUCUGACGACAGGUAGCUGCAGGUGGGGCAGGAGGAGGGGGGUGUCCCUGGCCCCCACAGGACCCUGGGGAGGAAGCUGGCUCUCACAGGGGCACAUUAAGCCCUGGCUUGUACCCACCCCACACCCUCCCUUCCUGUGCCUCAUCUCCGGCAGCCCUAAUUGAGGAGGGGCGGGCCCUUCAUAGGCCUGGGAGGAGCCACCACUCUGUAGUGGGGACUCCACGCGAGCUCUCACCCCUUCCUCGCCCUGGCCCAAGAGGGACAGCAGGAGCCUGGCUGGGGAAAGGAGUCAAGCUGUGCCACAAAAAAGCUGCGUGAUCUUCAGUCAGCCCCGCCUAUCUCUGGCCUCAGUUUCCCCACUUAUGAAAUGGAGCUGAGCUACCUGAUCUCCCACAGCCCUGCCACCUAGUAAGGUGGGCCCUGUGGGGGCAGAGGCAGGCAGGGGUUGAGGGGGAUGGCCAAGCUGAGGACCCGCCUGGGAGGGUCCAGGCCCUCAGGGGCUGGGGGGUAGGAGUCUUGGGGACAGACCUGGGAGGGCAGGGACAGGAAAGGCAGCACAGGAGGCCAGGGGACUACUUCCCGCCGCCACAGGCAGGAGGCCAGGAGAGGCACGUGGGGGAGGAGAGGGAGAGGAAGUCCCCUCCUGGGCAGGUCACUCCCAGAGGCCGGGCUGGGGCGGGGCAGGCGAUGGAGAGCAGAUCCGAGCUCUCGGGCCACCUUCUGCGCCUGCCACUGCCCAGCUGCCCGGAGCCCAGACAGCCCAGCCAGGCGCUCAAGACACCUGCCCGAGCUCCACCACGCUUAUGGCAUCCAGCAGCACGUCUGGUAAGGCUCCAGCCCCUGGGCCCCUACCCAUCCCCCACCAAUCCCUCCACCGGGAUGAGCCAGCCGUGCCCCGGCCCCUCUCUCGACCUGUUCCACCUGGCAACGGCAGCAAGGAGGAGCUGUCGGAUACCCGGGACCCACUGCUGGCCCAGGCGGAAUUGGCCCUGCUCUCCACAGUCUUUGUGGCCGUGGCCCUGAGCAAUGGCUUGGUGCUGAGCGCCCUAGUGCGCCGGGGCCGGCGGGGUCGCUGGGCGCCCAUGCACGUCUUCAUUGGCCACUUGUGCCUGGCCGACCUGGCCGUGGCUCUGUUCCAAGUACUGCCCCAGCUGGCAUGGGAUGCCACCGACCGCUUCCGUGGGCCCGAUGCCCUGUGCCGGGCAGUCAAGUACCUGCAGAUGGUGGGCAUGUACGCCUCCUCCUACAUGAUCCUGGCCAUGACGCUGGAUCGCCACCGCGCCAUCUGCCGCCCCAUGCUGGCAUACCGCCACGGAGGCGGAGCCCGCUGGAACCGGCCGGUGCUGGUGGCCUGGGCCUUCUCGCUCAUUCUCAGCCUGCCCCAGCUCUUCAUCUUCGCCCAGCGUGACGUGGGAGACGGUACUGGGGUCCUUGACUGCUGGGCCCGCUUUGCUGAGCCCUGGGGCCUCCGAGCCUAUGUCACCUGGAUCGCCUUAAUGGUGUUUGUGGCGCCUGCCCUGGGCAUCGCUGCCUGCCAGGUGCUCAUCUUCCGGGAGAUUCACGCCAGCCUGGUGCCGGGGCCGGCAGAGAGGGCCAGGGGCUGCCGUGGGGGGCGCCGGACAGGCAGUCCCAGUGAGGGGGCCCGGGUGUCAGCAGCCAUGGCCAAGACCGUGAGGAUGACGCUGGUGAUCGUGAUUGUGUACGUGCUGUGCUGGGCGCCCUUCUUCCUCGUGCAGCUGUGGUCGGCGUGGGACCCCGAGGCGCCCCGGGAAGGGCCCCCCUUCGUGCUGCUGAUGUUGCUGGCCAGCCUCAACAGCUGUACCAACCCCUGGAUCUAUGCCGCCUUCAGCAGCAGCGUCUCCUCUGAGCUGCGCAGCCUGCUCUGCUGGGCCCGGAAACGGGCCCCCCCCAGCCCGGGGCCCCCCGAGGAGUCCUGCGCCACCGGCAGCUCCUUCCUGGCCAAGGACACUUCCUCCUGACAAGCCAGGCGGCGCCUUCCUUCUAGAGGCUCUGCGACACUCAGCCACCUACCUGGAGCUGGCCCCGGGAGCCCCUGGGGAAAGGGGUCCCUCUGGGACUUGGCUGUGGCACUAAGAGCCAGAGGUCAGCUCCUUGGUGCUGGGUGUGGGGACAGGCUCCGGCGGCGGCAGCAGCGCGGUGGCACAGGGCUCCCACCCCAGCCGGUGCCUUCCCGGAGACGGAGGUCCCAAGGAGCCCAGGAGGAAGGAAAGGGGGCAGGGCCUCGCUCGCCCCCCUGGCCCUCCCCUCUCGCUCUCCUGAAUAAAAGUUCCAGCUCAUUUUCCA